GGGAGGAUACUGAGACAGAGAAAGAAUUCUGCUCCAUCCUGGACGGAGAUGGAAGUUGGAUUUACCGGCCAGAAGAUGCGCUGAAGGGGGAGGAGGGGGGCGGCUGCAGGAAGAGGGACCCUCGGCAAGCAGCCGCAGCUUCCCCCCCUUUUUUAAGGGUCCAGGCAGUUUCCAAACUCCAGAGCACCGGGACCCCCUUCCUCGGGGAGCGGGGGGGGGGCGUUCGGGAUCCAAAGGAAAACCGCCCCACCUUCUUCGACCCCCCCUCCCCAACAACACACCGUUUUCUGCAGUUCAGCCUCCUCCCCCUCCUCCCCUCCUCCUCCUCCUCCUCCAGCCGCCACUCGGAUCUUGUCGCGGCCGGGCUGGCCCCGGAACCAUGCCGCUGCCCUGCCGGAGCUGGACGCUGGCGCUGCUCACCCUGCUCGUGGGAAUCCUGCUCUUUGCGGACAUCGCCGAGAUCGAGCUGGAGAUCGGGAAUUCUGGGGGCCGAGAUGCAGUCCGAUCAGCAGUGAGCAGUUUACACAGCAGGUCUAAUAGAACGGAAGGGACACUAAAUGGGUCUUCAUCUCCAUCUGUUGCUGAAAAAAGUAAUGACAACAUUAAGAUCCAUGACCAGACGGUUCAAUCCCAGUGGAUGUACAAUCAGACGCUGUCAUUGACCAUCAGAAAACACAUCCUGAAGUUUUUGGAUGCCGAGAAAGACAUCUCGGUGCUGAAGGGAACUCUGAAACCAGGAGACAUCAUCCACUAUGUGUUUGACAGAGACAGCACCAUGAAUGUUUCCCAAAAUCUCUACGCCCUCUUACCAAGGACAUCCCCCCUGAAAGGCAAGCAUUACCGGACCUGUGCCAUCGUGGGCAAUUCGGGCAUUCUGCUGAACAGUGGCUGCGGCAAGGAAAUUGACACCCACAGCUUUGUGAUAAGAUGCAAUCUAGCCCCAGUGCAGGAUUAUACCCACGACGUUGGAACAAAGACCGAUCUGGUCACCAUGAACCCUUCCGUCAUCCAGCGUGCCUUUGAGGACCUGGUGAAUGACACUUGGCGGGAGAAGCUGCUUCAACGCCUUCAUAGCCUCAACGGCAGCGUCCUUUGGAUCCCGGCAUUCAUGGCCAAAGGGGGGAAGGAACGGGUGGAGUGGGUCAACGAACUCAUCCUCAAGCAUCACAUUAACGUCCGCACCGCCUACCCUUCCCUGCGACUGUUGCAUGCUGUACGAGGGUAUUGGCUGACAAACAAAGUCUACAUUAAGCGUCCCACCACUGGUUUAUUGAUGUACACCCUGGCAACUCGCUUCUGCAACCAGAUUUACCUCUAUGGUUUCUGGCCAUUUCCCCAAGGCCCAGACCAAAACCCUGUUAAGUACCACUACUAUGACAGCCUGAAAUAUGGCUACAUGUCCCAGGCCAGUCCUCACACCAUGCCUUUGGAAUUCAAAGCGUUGAAGCUCUUGCACCACCAAGGAGCCUUGAAACUCACCGUCGGGCCCUGCAAUGGAACCACGUAAAAAGAGGCUUCUGGCAAGCCACUUUCCUGGAGGCUGUGCCCCAUGGGAGGAUUGGGGAGGGGAGGCUGGGAGGAGUGGUAGAUGGAGAGGUGGGUUUUCUUGGUUGGGGAGAAUGGCCACCAGGGCUCUGCGUUGAAUCGCAGCCAGCAUUUGGUGCAAGGACCAAAAGAGCUGGGGAAGAACCUUACGAGAACAUGGCCUUUGCCCUUCCCAGGCCUGGAAGCCACUGUGAUGUGUAUGGGUACUUUAGUGUGACAACUCAGUGUUAGGCCAGAUGUUGUGCGUGGUCUAGAAUUGGUAGGUAGGGCCCGUUUGGCUAAGAAAGCUGGGCAUUUCUCAGUUCGUGUUGUGUUCUUGGCUUAGUGGAUGUAGGGGUAGGGAUUAAUCCUUAGAACUGCUAUUUUUCAAGCAGGGAGAGAACAGAGUAGAGACACUGCAGGUCAGUUCUCAAAAAGCUACUGGCCAAGGAGAGCUUAACCGUGCCGUGUGGAGACUUUUUUCAACUGGGCCCAUUCAGAAAGCAACAGAGCAAGGCUGACAAAGUUGACUCAGGAUCCUCAAGCACAAGAGGACUGGAGUUCAUAACAUUCCCACUGGAAGAGAAAACAUCAGCCCAUUCAUCAGACAGCGCGGCUCGUUAUUAUUAUUAUUAUUUUAAAAAAUAAAAUACGGAAGCGGACUAAAAGGGCAGUAUCAUUUUGUUUCCCGCUGUGGUUUUCCUCUCCCUUGGCAGAGAUGCCCCUUUCAGUGGUACUAAAUAAGCGAUGCCAGUCUGGAGCAUCCAUCGGGGUGGCGUCACUUAUGGGCGGCCAUAACUGUACAAACAAAGCCCUGCUCCUUUUUUUUUUUUUUUUAACAUGCGCUGCCCUAAGUGUGACUUGAAGGAAAGAAUUGACAUUUGAGGGUUUCGAUUUGUGAAAGCAAAUUCACAGGCUGGGGUGUUGUUUUUUUCUUCUUCUUUCCAACUGUUUUAUUGUGCUUUAACAGAUUUGUUAAUAAACCCAAUUUUAAGUCA